UAGUUAAAUUUCAGUGACAAAAUCUUUCGCGAAACGAUAACUUUGAUAAUCCACAAAGUCAUAAUAAAAUGUGAGUUCGGAAAAAACUGCUUUUAUUCGGUCUCAAAACGGAAGAGCAGCAGACGCUUCCUGUUCCGAACACGUACGGACAGAUCCAAACAGGAACGGCCGACCAGACGUGUAUUUACGAAAGUCCUACAGAAGGUAAUGAAGGACUGUGACCUUUCUGUGUUACUUUUCCCCUGGUACUUCGGACCAAGAUUACGCUAGGAGUAACCUCUGCGAACGAAGGCGGAUUUGGAAUCCGGUCCACGCGAACGCAAACAAACUCGAAGUAUCUCCAGGUCUGAAAUGGCCUAGGUUGUUAUACAUUCAAAGACACCUUCACAAAUCUUCUUGGAAGGAACAAAAUAAUAGAAAUGGCAUAAAAGGAUGAAGAAGGAGGAUUCUGGGGAUGCAGACUGCAGAAUAGCGGAAACGCUAUAAAAGAAAGGAACCAAAAGAAGAUGAAUACACACCCUCACUUCAAAAGCAUUGUCAAAGCAGUCAACUCUGCCGAGGAAAUAAAUGUUUUAGUGGGAGAAGCACUCACCUAUCAGGAGAUGCUUGAAAAGAGAACCUCACCAUGGGAAAUGCAGUGCUGGAAUCAGGAAGAAUUGCAGAACUUCAAAAUAAAACUACCGAAUGUGGACCGUCUCUACCACAUCCACUUUAUUGAUGAUCAUUUAGAAGAACGCAAGUUUGUACUUGUAGCUCGUAUUUUGUACAAGGAGAGACAUGUCUUUGUACAGCUUAUUGCAGGUUGCGACUUCACUGGCUUUCACUGCAAAGGUGGAGGUGAGAUAUACAUUAGCCUGGAUCCACAAAUUUUUCUCAAGUCUGUGUUGGACCAGGACUACGACAUUCAGAAGAUAUGGAGAGCAAUGGUUGAUGAUGGAUAUAAAGUUGAACAACCAUCUGAGCAUGAUCUCAAACCUAUGAGACUGUGGCACAGCAUACCAAUGCUAAAGUUUUUAUGUCACAUGGCAGUGUAUAACAACAAAGAAGAACUAAAGCACUACCAUCAAGUGUUACCCAAAUCUCUGGUGGACUGCAUUGAUGAGUUCAUUAAACUCAGAGUAACUCGGGAUCAUCAUGAUGAAGAUGGCCUAUGUUUAGGCAAGCUAGACAAAUAAUUAUAGUACUAUUUAAUAUUAUAUUUUUUACUAUAUAACCAUUUAUAUAUCAAUUAUUUAUAAUGCAAAACAUUGUAUAUACACCUUUAUAUGGCCAGUACAUGAUUUAUAUUA